AUGCGCAAUAGUGAUAUCCCGAAACUUGGUCGUGCAAGAAUUACCCAAGGGCUUCGAAUCUUUCCGGAAAUACAGAGCUCAAAAAUAGUUUUUUCGUAUGCUGGUUUGAUUGGCAGCAUUCUGUUUCCGUUUGGCGUCUCGUUUCUAUUACCCAUUUUUGUGAUCAUUUUGAUUCAAGAAAAAGAAAAUAGAAUUUUUGUGGUCAUGAAGAUGAACGGUGUUACACCCUGGUCGUACUAUGCUACCCACUAUCUUACCUUUUAUGUGCUUUAUGCCAUAUCGGUGUUUAUUUUUAUUGUGUCUGGAUAUAUUUCCAAGCAAACUUUUUUUACAUUGACACAUCUCGGAGUCUUGGUAAUCUUGUUCUUUAUUUGGGGUCACAAUCAAAUCUCGCUCACGUUUUUCUUUGCCGCCUUUUUUCAAAAAAGUCGAAAUGCGCUUGUAGUGGUGUUUUUAAUUGUCUUGGGAAGUAUAAUGAUUUCGUUGGCUCUUGGUCGCAUAUUCAAGGAUGGAAGUAAAAUGCCACUGCCCUUUUUUAUAUGGCCACCAUUUGCAUUUUAUAGAGCUCUUAGUCAAAUCAAUACUGCAUCGUAUGUGCAUCACCAACAGCCUUAUAAAAUAUGGAACUUGGUGCCCGGAGAUGAGGUUUUUUCCGCUUUGAUGUUUAUGAUAUGCGAGAUUCCGAUUUUUCUUGGAUUUGCAGGAUAUCUGUCUGCAGUUUUGCCUUCUGAUUUCGGAGUUUCUAAAUCGUGGCACUUUCCAAUCACCGAUUUGAUUCGAGCAAUGAGGCAACUAACUAGAUCUCGGAGUUUUUUUGAACAAGAUCAUGUCAAUGAAUCUAGUUUAGCGCUUUCUAUAGAUACCAAUGAAACCGAGACAGAGGAUGACGAUGUCAAGGCUGAGCGGCUACGCAUUGAUCGUAAUGAGCAUAGUUCCAAAUCUCCCAUAGUUAUACGGCAUAUGCGAAAGGUUUAUCGCAAGCACUAUAAUAUACCACCAAAAAUUGCAGUGAGAGAUGUCACUUUUGCAGUUGAAGAAGGAGUUGUGUUUGGAUUGUUGGGGCCAAAUGGUGCAGGAAAAACUACCUUGUUUAGUAUUUUGACUGGGCUAUAUGAAGCAUCUUCUGGAAGUGCUCAACUUGCUGGAUUUGACAUCAGCACAGAUAUGGAUCAAAUGCACAAGCGGAUUGGUAUUUGUCCGCAGUUUGAUAUUCUCUGGGGUGAUUUGACCAUCAAUGAUCACCUUUAUUUUUAUUCUCGACUCAAGGGUGUUUCCAGCCAACAAGAGAAUCAGGCAGUUCAAAAAGCUUUAAAUGACGUGUCGCUUGAAAAGCUUGCUCAUCGGCAGAUUAAAGGUUUAUCUGGUGGUGAGAAACGUCGAUUGAGUAUUGCUAUUGCUCUUCUUGGGGAUCCCAAGGUUGUAUUUUUGGACGAGCCCACGACAGGUUUGGAUCCUGAAGUUCGACGGCUAAUCUGGAGCAUUAUCAACAAGGCCAGAGUUGGAAAAACCAUUGUUUUGACUACCCAUUCGAUGGAGGAAGCAGAGGCUUUGUGUCAACGAAUCAGUAUCAUGGCGAGAGGAUCACUACGAUGCAUUGCAAACCCAAUUAGAUUAAAGCAGCUGUAUGGAUCAGGCUAUCGUUUGUAUUUUAAUUGUCACGAGCACGAUAUGGAAAGGGCAUCAACAUUUAUCGAGUCGGUAUUACCUGAAAAAUGGAUACUAAUUGGCACGUUUGCAACAAAUGCAUCCUACGAAUUUCCAUCUUCUGGCGGGAACUUGACCAAGUUGUUCAAAACUAUUGAAGGUCAAAAGGCUCACGUUGGUAUUCUUGAUUGGGGCGUAGGACAAACUACUUUGGAGGAGGUGUUUUUCCGACUGAUCUCUGAUAACGAUGUAGAUUCUAGUUGA